CUGUAGAAGCAGGGAGUAGGCUGAGUGUAAAGUUCUAUCUAAUUGUCUAUCUAUCUAUCUAGCCUCGCUAGCUCACUAGCUAGCUAGCUAGCUAUGGACAACUUCAGUCAAUAAGCACCACCAGAACAACAACAGUGUAUUACUGUAACUGGACUGUACAAACAACAUAGUGAGCAGCGACUGUCUCCUGGUGAGCUGAAGGAUCAUUGUUUUUGACAAGACUGAAAGGAUCUCAAGAUUUGAAGGAUCUCAUGACAAAUUAUAGCAACGGAGGUUUCUUCAACCAUGCCUACCAUGACAGCGAGACUUUGGAAAUUGAUAGAAGGUAUUCCGGUAGAGCUCACCACAGUAACCCCUAUGCCAGUGAAGAGCCAGUCUGGCAGGGUGAGAGGGCAGAUGCACAUUACUCAUCGCAUGGUCAGACCAGCAGUGAUGCUGUAGAGAGAGGGCCAUGGGGGGGCUGGCAGAAGGAGAGCCAGAGGGGGAGAGAGAGCGUCCCCCUGGGCCUCGUCUCAACUCGUCCCAGAAGUCCAUCAUGGCAGCAUGACCUCAAUCACAGUACGUUCCAAAUCCCCCCCGAUUCCCAGUAUAAUCAACGCAUUCAACUUCCUUCUUCAGUGUCAGGCAACAUGACCGUGAGAAGGAGGGGAAUCGCAAUGAGAAGAAUGAGCAUGUUUCCUAAUGCCAGUCCUGCCCAUCUCGCUCUCACGGAGGAUGCCAUCAGGAACGAAAUGGAGAGUGAGGAACAGAACCUUGUCAUGGAACUUGUUGCCCUGUCAAUGCGAGACCGAAUCCGGGCCAUCCGGGACCUUCCAAUGAGCUUUGAAGAGAAGAAACACAUAAGGAGCCAAGUACUGGCAUUCAAGUCUGCUAAGCAAUCCCGGCAGUUCAUACGCUUUACUGAUUGCUCUGAGAAUGUGUCACUGGCUCUCCGCAGGUGUGGCUACAGUAUCAGAUCAGCCCGGCAGACCCUGGAGCUGUGGCAAGGCAUCAUGAAGGAGAUAGGUGGAAAGUUUGGCACCAGUGUCCUCUCAUAUUUUAUGUUCCUCAAGUGGCUGCUCAUGUUCAACAUUUUCUCCUUCCUGGUCAACUUUGGCUUUAUCACCAUCCCGCAGCUUGUUUAUGACCCGUCGCCCAACAUACCUCUGAAUGUGAGCUUCAGAGGACUGGAGAUACUGACUGGAGUUGGUUACUUCAACUACACUGUCAUGUACUACGGUGCGUAUAGCAAUGGAACCCUAAUGGAUCUGGCGGAGUACGACAUCCAGUUGGCCUAUUUCUUCACCAUUGCGAUCUACAUGGUGCUGUGUGGAGCUGCACUUAUCUUCAGCAUGGCCAACUCUUUCAAGAAAAACUAUGUACUCGCAGACUCAGCUUCAAACAGCGCUUGGCAGCUCCUGUGCACCUGGGAUUUUAGUAUUACCAACGAGAGAGCAGUGAGACAGCGCAAAAACAAUCUACGAGUCCAACUAAAGGAGUCUUUAUCAGAGAAGGCCCAGAAGGAGCUGCUAACCCUCUCUGAAAAGCUGAAGCACUAUGGGAUUCAUCUGGGUUCCUGGCUCUUCUCCACUGGUAUGGCAGUUGGCUGUGGAGCUAGCAUCUAUUAUCUCUGCCAAUAUGAACAGAAGCAAACAACAGAUGCUGCCAACUGGUCUCCACUCCAAGAGGCAAAGACUCUCCUGGUCCCCUUUGUUGUGUCUCUGAUGAACCUGGUUGUCCCACUCUUCUAUUCCCUCUUCAAAAAGUUUGAACACUACUCCAGCCAGCGCAGACAGAUCUACGCUCUGGUAUUCAGAAAUGUGUUCCUCAAAAUGUCCAUUCUGGCUGUCUUGUGUUACUACUGGAUGAAUGUGGUGGCCGAGAAGUUUUCGUGUUGGGAGUCCAUGGUGGGACAAGCUUUGUACCGUUUGGUCAUUUUUGAUUUCUUUUUUCUGUUGCUGGGAUCUUUCUUUGGAGAGUUUCUUAGCAAUGUGAUUGGAACAAGAUUAUUACCAAGUCUAGGGGUUCCAGAGUUUGACAUAGCCAGAAAUGUCCUUGAGCUCAUCUAUGCACAGACUCUAGCCUGGAUUGGAAUCUACUUCUCUCCUCUGCUCCCUGCCAUCCAAAUUCUCAAGUUUUUCAUCCUGUUUUAUGUAAAGAAGGUCAGCUUGACCCAAAAUUGCCAACCUCCACGGCGAUCAGGUAGAGCAGCUCAGAUGCAAACCAUCUUCAUCGCCCUUCUCUUCUUCCCUUUCUUUGUGGGGGCUGUGUCCAUCGUUGCAUACACUGCCUGGAGCCUGACCCCUUCAGAGCAGUGUGGUCCUUUUCAGAACCUUAACAAUACCUUCAGUGCGGUUGGAGUCUGGAUAGAUGGGUUGGAGGGCACUCACUGGGCUGUCUGGAUCUACCAAAAUGUCAUCAGAAGUGAAAUCUUCUACUUUUUUAUCACACUUAUCAUCAUAAUCGUUAUAUACAUUUUCUGGCAAGUCACUCAGGGCCGCAAGCAGCUUAUUGAUCAACUGAGACAACAGAUUGUUAACGAGGGCAAAGACAAAUCCUUCUUGUUAGACAAGCUUCAGAACCUCCAGAAAUCUAAUAAAAACCCCAAACAGAGGAGUCAAAAAAAGCACACCAGCCAGCAUUCAAAUGACCAUCCCUCAAGCGGUCAGUCCAGCUCAAAUGCCAUGGUUCAGGCCUUACUUGCUCGGCAGAGGCUUGAAGAGGAGGAAGAAAAAGAGAGAGACAGCACUGAUGGAGUGCCUGUUCCUUCUGACAUGUCCACAUCCAAUGCACUGGUUCAGGCCAUGUUGGCCCGUCAGAGAGCUGUCGAAGAGGAUGAAGGUUUUUACCAGGUGCCUGAUAAACACUUGUCUACCUCCAGUGCCCUCACACAGGCCAUGCAAGCCAGACAGAGAGCAGAGGAGUACGGAGCCGAUGAUACAGAUGACCUGCCAUCAUCUGUGUCGAGUGUUAUGAUGCAAGUCAUGCAAGCCAGGCAGACAGCAGACAAUCCUCCACAGAACCCGGCCCCUGCAGGCUCCAGCGCUCUCAUACAGGCCAUGUUGGCUCGGCAGCAGGCCCAGAAUGAGUAUGAUGAUGGUUACUGAACUUUAUGGUGGGAAAGGGAACAGAACUGAAAAGAAUAAGAGAAUGGAUUUCUGGACUGAAAUCACACCUCCAACCUAAAAUCUACUGUCACAGUUAGUAGCAGGUACAACACCAGAAAUUGGGUGAUUUUUUUUUUUUUUUUUUUUUCAAAUUACAAUACUUUCAGUCCUGCUGUACAUGCACAAGAACAAAGUACUAAAACAGCUACUGUAGUAGGGAUAGGAGAGAGUGCAGGUCCACCUCUUUGUGUACCUUUUAAAUGAAUAUAUUUUAUAAUGUUUCUAUGACAGUCUUUUAAAAGCAGUAUAGCAUACUGUAUAUAUGCUAGGCCUAAUCUUGUGCCAUUUAUAAUGUAAAUUGUGUAGCAUGAGCAUAAAUUGUUAAUACUGUAUACAGUACAUUCUCCAUGAAAUGUGGAUGAACACCAGACAUAAAUAAAUAAAAAUAUAAUAAAUAUGAACAAAUAAAUUAUCUCUGU